UGCUAUAUUAAAUAAUGAAGGGGAAAAAGAAUUUUGAAGUUUGAAAGAUAAGACUUUCAACUGAGAAGAGCUAAACACAGCGGUCUGGCUCUGUUUGGAACAUGGCUAUUGUUGCUUCUAGACACCAUUGCCAUUUAUGCUUGCCAGGGCUCACUGGCAGAGGCAAAUCCUUAUCAGGAGCUGCAGCUUUUAUAAGCCACUGGGAGCUCCUUGGAAGAUGUACUAGGUAUAUUCAUUGAUGUAUUUCUUUAAAAAAAUCCUGCUUAGAAAAUGACUCUCAGGAAACAGCUACUUGUGAUCUGGCAGGAAGAGAAUAAUAUAGUUUGGGGUUACGAAUAGUAGCAGUCUGGUGUCAGAAGUUAUGGGCGUGUGGACAGUAACUAGGAGACCAAAAUAUUUCCCUUCCUGUCUGAAACAGGGUCGGUCUACAAGUGGUGGCGUUUUUGAGGGCAUUAUCUCCAGUUUGAUUGCAAGGGUAGAUUACCCUCUCUGGGCCAUGUCUGCGCUGGGGGCUGGCUGUCGGGCGGACAGGCCAACGACGUCACGGAAAAGCCCUGUCUCUGAUCAGAUGGGCUUAAUAUAAACCAGGUUUGCUGAGAAAGAAUUAGAGAGGCAGCCCUUGGACAGAAGAAGGAUUUCCAGUGGGAGAGUGGAUCGGUGUUCAACACUCUCCUGAGAACUAGGGAGUGAGAUUAACGGAGUCGCCUGUGGUUGGAACAGAGAGUAAAAACUGCAACAAGGGCUGGGGAAAGCCAUGACUCUGAACAAUGUCACGAUGCGUCACAGCAGCAACACCUUACAAUCGCAGCAGCAACGCUGGAGCAUCCCAGCGGACGGGAGAAACCUGGUGGUCCAGAAAGACCCCCACGAGUGCAACCGACACAAAAGGUACACCGUCAACCCCGAAGAGUAUUACCGAAGAAGCUGGUCGUCGGAGUCAUCUGACUCUGUCAUCUCCUCCGAGUCAGGAAACACUUACUACCGAGUGGUACUCAUCGGGGAGCAAGGAGUUGGCAAGACAACCAUUGCCAACAUCUUUGCAGGUGUGCACGACAGCAUGGACAGUGACUGCGAGGUGCUCGGAGAAGAUACCUAUGAACGAACCUUGCUGGUAGAUGGUGAAAGUGCAACUAUCAUACUAAUUGACAUGUGGGAGAACAAGGGUGAAAACGGAUGGCUCCAAGAUCACUGCAUGCAGGUUGGGGAUGCAUAUUUGAUUGUCUAUUCCAUCACGGACCGUGCAAGCUUUGAGAGAGCAUCUGAGCUCAGGAUACAGCUCCGCAGGGCACGCCAGACAGAAGAUAUUCCCAUUAUUUUAGUGGGCAACAAAAGUGAUCUCGUUAGGUGCCGGGAAGUCUCUGUUUCAGAGGGCAGGGCCUGUGCUGUUGUGUUUGACUGCAAGUUCAUUGAGACCUCGGCGGCCGUCCAGCACAAUGUGAAGGAGCUGUUUGAAGGCAUUGUGCGUCAAGUGCGGCUCAGGAGAGACAGCAAAGAGAAGAACGAAAGGAGGCUGGCAUAUCAGAAGCGGAGGGAAAGCAUCCCCAAGAAAGCCAGGCGAUUCUGGGGCAAAAUUGUAGCCAAGAAGAACAAGAACAUGGCCUUCAAACUUAAGUCCAAAUCUUGCCACGAUCUCUCUGUCCUUUAGGAACAUUGGAUCAUCCUGAGCAUUCUCUUUCCUGGACCUUCUUCAGCUCUCUUCUGAACAAUAAACCAAUCUAUAUUAGAUUGGUCAACAAGAAAUGCAAAUCUGACUUGGACUCACAGUUGUGAUUAUUCUGAUGAAAUGUGCCAGCAAUAAGGACAGCCUAAUGCAUGCAAGGAUGAAGAAAUGCCAUUUAUACUUUCCAGUUUAUAGUUUAAGUGUGUGAGUGUGUUUGGGUUGGGGCGGGACAGAACUUUCGUCUUAUAAACAAUAACAUUCCAAACUUACAAUGAGACGUGUCCAAGGGGGGGAUAAAACUGUUUCCCUUGUUGCCUUUUAGAUAAUAGUAUAAGAAAUUGGAAAGCAUCGUUUAUAAAACGGAUGCCAUCUUUUUGUUAUUCUUUCUUACUAAUUCUGUAAGCCAAUGAAAAAGGCUUCCCACGAGAUAUGCCUUCUCCCUAAUCAACCAGUUGACUUUCUUAAGUGCCCGCAGCUGAAAAUCUUUGUUGGUUUGAUAUCAUUUAUCCCAAUGAAUAGAAAGAUAUCAACUGCAGUCAGAUAUUCAAGUGUUUGGUUAAAUGGGAGCAUUAUUUACAGUGGGUUACAUUGCCACAGAACACUAUGGGAGAUAAAUGUGAAUUUCACUAAAUGGAUACUUGUAGUUAGAAUAUUGGGGAUAUUAACUGCUAAUGGCUGUAGCCCUAAAAACCACUUACCUAGGAGUAAGUCCCAGUGAGCUCAGUGAGGCUAACUACUGUGAAGGCAUGUGCAGGGUUUCAUGGUAACUGUAUAAUAAGUGUUGAAGUGUUUCCUUGAUGCAUCUGGAGCCAUUCGAUUCUCUUUAAAAACAUAGGUAUAGGAGAAAAUUGUAAUACAACUUUCUGUUGUGUUGCAACACAAAAUUGUUUAUAUUGAUAGAAUAAUUAGGAAACGUAAAAUAUAAAAUCAAGUGCAAAAUGCCAAGUUUUGGGAAAGAAAACCUCCUUUUCUAAUAAACCACAAAGAGAUUUUGUGCUGAAAUCUCACGUUUGUAUUAUGCCAUUGUAACUUUCUAUUUAUUGUCUUUCAACUAUUUGCAUUUUUAAUGGGUGAACUGUUAGGAGUGGGAGGGUAGGGGGAGACAUAGUGUUGAAAUGUAUUUAUUAAGUGAUUUCUUAAGAAAAACGAUUUUAUUACUGUUUUCUAUAUGAUGUCUUUUGGACUAUUUACAUGCCUUGUAAUAAAUCAAUAAAAGGUUUCACUGCCUUUGAACCUA